GUUCAGGUCGAGCUCAGGUCUACACAGUUCUGUUCAAUUUAAGGCCACCGCAAUCGUCUGCUUUGUUCAGGUCGAGCUCCACCAUCAACCUGUGUUGUGCUGUCUAAGUUUCACUAAACCAUUGGCUGCACCGCUGUUUGCAUUGACAUAAUCUCUAGUCGGAAGCAUUGCACAACCACUGUGCUCUGUUUUGCCGCAAUAUGAGAUUGAUCUCACAGCUCCGAACCUUCCUAUUCUUUUCUUUUCUAAAUUGAUUUUAAAUUUUUUUAGCUAUUCUCUCAUUAGGUCAUUCAAAUUGGGGAAGAGAACGUGCGUGAUUUGUGGAGAAAACAGCAGUGAGUGAGAGCUGCGGGGAACCAAAAAGGGGUUUUAUUUUCUUUUUAUUUCUUCUUCUGAACCGAGAGAAACCCAACCCUCUUUUUUUUUUUAUUUGCUUUUCUGAAGACUUAGGGUUUGGGGAAGAGGGAGUCAUGGUAAGAGAGAGGAAGGGAGAGUAUUCAAUACCCAACCCUUAACGUGCAUGAUUCGUGGAGAAAACAACAGUGAGUGAGAGUCGAGAAUGGAAAGGGUUGAUCGAGUUUUUUAAAAAUGCCGAAUCGCAAGAGGGUUAUUCCGAGAGUAAAUUGGGGAAAUAUUUAGGGAUUUCAGGGGUUUUGAGGGCAAGCACGGUGAGCGAGUAUAUAGAGGCUGGGAAAGGUGAGUAAGGCUGGGAGAAAACAAAGAUAAUCGUGAGCCAAUGAGAAAGUGAAGGUUGAGCAUGGGAGGUUCAGAGAAUUCGUGAGGAGAGUUUUGUCGUGCGGGAAAUCGAGCCAGAUUGGGGUUUCAGCACAAGAUGUCUCUCCGAAUAAAGGCAGUGGUAGAUAAAUUUGUCCAGGAGUUGCAGGAAGCGUUGGAUGCUGAUAUUCAGGAUAGGAUCAUGAAGGAUAGAGAGAUGCAAAGUUACAUUGAAGAACGUGAACGUGAGGUUGCGGAACGUGAGGCUGCUUGGAAGGCUGAUCUUUCUCGUCGAGAGGCUGAGAUUGCCCGACAAGAAGCAAGGCUGAAGAUGGAGAGAGACAAUCUGGAGAAAGAGAAAAGUGUGUUGAUGGGAACUGCGUCAAAUCAAGAUAACCAAGAUGGAGCUCUUGAAAUUACUGUAAGUGGUGAAAAAUACCGUUGCCUCAGAUUUGCCAAGGCAAAAAAAUAAGGCUUUGCUGCGGUGACAAAAAGGAAAUGUAUGAUCUUCACUUUUUCACCUCCCCCGGAAGAGGACUAGUGCUGCCGAGGAGCCCACACGCAAAGCCAAGCUCAAUUUAUGUACCUCUAGGAACAAUUAUUGAAAUCAAAACUGUUCAGUGGUGGUUUAUACAAUUCCUGUUGGGAUAGUGUUUUAUGACUUGCUCAAUUAUUUUAUUGAUUUUUUUCUAUGUUAAUGCUUUGUUUUGCU